AUGGCUACUUUCCAGGACCGUGCCCAGCACGCCAUUGCUCAGCUCGACAAGGAGCUCUCCAAGUACCCUGUCCUCAACAACAUUGAGCGUCAGACCUCGGUCCCCAAGGUCUACGCCAUCUUGGGCCUGGUCGGCAUCUACUUCUUCCUGGUCUUCUUCAACAUCGCCGGUGAAUUCCUCGUUAACUUCGCUGGUUUCCUUAUCCCUGGUUACUACUCUCUCAAUGCCUUGUUCACAUCCACCACCGAGGAUGACACUCAGUGGUUGACCUACUGGGUUGUUUACGCUCUGUUGACCGUUGUUGAGAGUGCCAUCAGCGCCGCCUACUGGUUCCCCUUCUACUACAUCUUCAAGUUCGUCCUCAUCCUCUGGAUGGCCCUCCCCCAGACCAGUGGUGCCCAAGUUGUCUUCCACUCUUUCCUCCAGCCUGUCCUUGGCCGCUUCUUCGCCAACGGAUCCACAUCGGCCAACCUCCGCGCUCAGGCCGAUGCCGCUACCAAGUCGCAGUAG